AUGGCCAAAUCCCAGUAUCUAAUAUUUAUUAGCAUCAAUCAACUUCACCACACGCAUCCUCUCACAAAACUUUAUUUUUCUCUCUCUCUCUCUUUCUUUCUACAAAGCACACACACACCUAGACCAUUUUACACUAAAUCCAAAAAACCGAUGCAAAAAUAAUUCCUAAUGAGAGUCCUUGCUCUUUUGUUGACUGCCUGUUUGCUAGGCCUCGGCCAAGCACAGCAUUGUGAAGUUGCCUGCCCCCGUUCGAUUCCUCAGCUAAUAAAUCCAAAGGCCCAAUCCACUUAUGUUUAUUCGUUGGAUGCAAAAACUGUUCUCACGCCACGCGAUAGCCAAAAGGUAACCAUUAAAGGUGAUGCCGAAGUUGCCUUUGUUAGUGAUUGUGAAGCCGUUCUAAGGUUACAAAAUGUAGCCAUUGACGGUGUUCCCAAUGGUGCUGAGUUGGCCGCUGAAUUGGCCGCCAAGCCAUUCGCUUUCGGCUACUUCAACGGUCGAAUCCUUGGUGUCUGUCCGGCCGACGACGAUCAAGAUUGGUCGUUGAACGUCAAAAAAGCAAUCGUUUCCUCACUUCAAGUUCUAAGCGAUGGUAACGUAGAAAAAGCAGAAGAAAUCGAUUUCUCUGGCCGUUGUCCGACUGAAUACCGAAAAAUUCGAAGCCAAGAUGACAACACAGUGGUUAUCGAAAAACGUAAAGAUCUCAAUCUUUGUGAUGAUCGACGAAUCGAUUUGCGACAAACACCCGACCAGGCAUUAGGACAGCUGAAAGAACUUAUGCGUCACUAUAUGCACCCGAUGGACAGUGAUCUUUCCUGUCGAAUGACUCUCAAAGAUAAAGUUGUGACCGAAGUUGAUUGCGAAGAACGCCAUGUUUUGGUACAUCGUUCGAACAAACCAGUGCACAUGUCCUAUGUAAAAAUGAUGCUCAAACAAAACAAAGAUGGUGUGGCUGCUGAUCUUGGCCCGACCAAUGCCCAACCAAAACGACCAUAUCUUAGCUUUGAUCACAAACACAAAAAUCCUACCGAAACCGAUGUUGUGGAAGUAUUGAAAAAAUUAUGCUCGGAAAUCACCGAACCCCAAGCUAGUAUUGAAACAUCGUUCACUUUCCAAAAAUUGGUCGAUAAACUUCGUUAUUUGUCGGCCGAAGAAACUGCCAGUGUUGAUGAAAGUGUCAAAACAUCCAUUUGUCCGGCACAUGCACACCGUUUACGGGAAUUGUUCCUAGAUGCCUCGGCAUUCGCUGCCAGUGAUGGCAGUAUCCGAACAUUGGUCAAGGCACACGAAAACCAAGAACUUUCCAUUACACGAUCCACUGCUUUGUUCACAGUGGCCGCAAUCAAAGCUGCACCCAACAAAGAAACCGUUCAGGUAUUGUUGCCGGUCAUUGCCUCGGAAAAAACCAUCCGACCCAUGUUGCUCGGUUUUUCAGUCCUGGUUCGACGAUAUUGCGAAAAGACCAACGAUUGUGCCACCAAUUCCGGUGUGAAAGAUGCUCGUGAUGCUUAUUUGGCCCGUUUGGCUGUAGCCAAAGAUGCUAGCGAACGCAUGACUAUCGUUCGGGCAUUGGAAAAUCUCAAUGUCAACACUGAUGGCGUCGACAAUAUGGUGAACGCUAUGGAUGAAAUCAUCAAAUCAACCGAUGCCGAACCAGCUAUGCGUGCAGCCGCUGUCAAUGCAUUGCCCAAUGAUGCUAGCCAUAUGGAUCGCUACAAAAGCCUUGUGAUGGAUGAAUCGAUGCCGAACGAAGCUCGAAUCGCCGCAUUCCAGAAAAUGAUGAAGAAUGGUGGCAUGAGUCAUAUCAAAGAUUUGUUUGCCGUCAAAGGAGAAUGCAUGAAAAACUAUGUUCUCACCUAUGUGGACAAUUUGAAAAAAUCAAAAAAUGACCUUCGAAGACAAACCGUCGGCGAAGACGUGGAAUUGCCCGAAAAACCAAAACGCGAAAUCGGCAUCACCCGAAACAUUGCCCGAGAAUAUGGCCCAUACACAUUCGAAUAUGAUGUUAUCUACCCGGAAACACAUGAAAAUGUUACCCGCAGUAUCAAUGGACGAUUGAUCCGCUCGAAAAACGAUCAAUUGAAAGAACUUGUCGAAUUUCAAGUCACUCAAUCGGGUUUCGAUCGCGAAUUGAACAAUGCAAUGAGUCUGUUGGAAAAGAAAUCAUUCCAAUCGGUCAUGCAAUUUUUGCGUGAUAUGCUCAAAAUGUUGUCUCAGAUUCGUAAGAAUGCCGAUGAUAACCAUCACAUGAAAAUAACUGUCCAGAUUAAUGGCAAAAAUGUCUACUUUACCGAUUUGUUCCAGGAUAUGAAAAAAAUGAAAGAAUUGUUGAUGAAACGAGUGGAAAAAAUUAUCAACGACAAAAAAGUCGAUCGUUCCAUCGGCGGUGUUUUGCUUGAUUCGAAAUUAGUUUUGCCCACCAUCACUGGUCUUCCAUUGAUGUACAAAUUUGGUGAUAAUUUGGUCGUUCGAUAUGAUGGAGAAUUCAGUGGCGAAAAAGGUGAUCGCAAUAUCCGAAUGAAUGGUGGUGUUGUGGCCGGUCUUUAUGGCAAAAUGAAAUUGAUGGUCAAAGAUCAUAAAAUGGGUUAUGAAUAUGAUGCCAAAGCUGCCUACACACCGAUGAUCGACAUGAACGUUCAGAAACAGGAACAUUCCCUGUUGGUUCGAUUCAACAUGAAAGAUAUGGAUCAGCAUACCGUCAUGCGAUUCAAACAAUCGUUGCGCGAAAAACGAGCCACCGGUGAAGAAAAAGACUAUGAAAAUGAAAUCACACCCGACGCUCGAAGUGACCGAUGCUUUUCAUUCUUCCUGUUGGAUUAUUGUCGCAAAGCUUCCCAUAUCAAAGGACUGAUGUUGCCCAAUGUUGAAUAUUACGUUGUGAAACCGGAAAAAGAAGUGACCGCAUUGGAAUUGAUGUUGAAAAGUGAAACCCAGGAUAAAACUCGUCGCUAUAUUGCCGAAAUGACUGCAGUCGGUUCGCCAAGCAACAAACAAGCCAAAGCUGAACUGGAAGUGACAAAAGGUGAACAAUAUCGUGUGAGCGUCAAAUUGCCCGAACAUGAAUUCAACACUGAAUUCACAAUCAAUGCUGACAAAAACAAUCUCAAAAUGCAUAUGGAUUUCCCCAACGUCCUUCAAGCCGAUCUUACCGGUUCGUUUGAACAUGACAAGGAAAACAAUGUUCGCAAAAACCGUCUCAAUCUGCAAUACAAAUUUGCCGGCGAUGAAAAGCCACACACUGUCGACUAUGAAAAUGAAUUUCUAUUCAAUUUGAAACGAUCCUCGAAAGAGAAAAACAGUGCUGUCGAAUACCGAGCCAAAUACAUGUCCAGCCAUUUCCCCAUUCUCAACCAUAAAGUGAAUGUCCAAUUCAAAUAUCGACCAUUCAAAGUGAACGAAUUGAAUUUGGAAGGCGAAUUCGGUCGCGAACUUCAACACAAGUUCCGAUUGAUGCGAAACUCCCAGAUGGAAGUGGAAGAAGUGCGUCCAUUCAAAAUGCAUGGCAACAGUGAUAUCAAAUUGAUGGCCAACGAUCUCGAUAUUGAUUACGAUCUCAAAUCAGAAUUCAAAUAUGAAAGCAACAAAGGAACACCGAUCGAAUUGCAAUACAAAGUAUCCGGCAAAGAUCGUUCGAAACGAGCUGCCGAAAUGAACGCCGAAGAUGUGGAAGGUGUCAUUGAUUAUAAAAACAGUGGAUCACCAAUCGAUUCGAAAAUGCACGCUCAUCUCAAAGUGAAAGGCAACAAUUAUGGCUAUGAUAGCGAAUUGAAACAAACCGAACCACAACAAUACGAAGGCAAAAUGACAUUGUCCAAAAACGAUAAGAAAAUCUUCAUCACACACAAAACUGAAAUGACCAAACCGACCAGCACUUUCUUGUUGAAAACCGAUGCCGAUGUAUCGUAUUCGGAAUCGGAUAUGAAAAAACAUUACCAUAUGGAAUUCAAAAAGGAAAACGACAUCUACACACUUCGAUCGACUGUCGAACGCGAUGGACAACUAUUCUAUGAAAACUAUUUGACCGUACACAAAGGUGGCAAACUUAAUCUCAACUACCGCCGUAAUGAUCGCAAAAUCCUUUUGGACUUGGACAACGCUCUCAGUCCACGUGAAGGAACCAUGAAAUUGAACAUUAAAGACCGUGAAUACAAUUUCGUCUUGAAACGAGAUCCAAUGCGAUACCGUGACAUUACUGUCGAAGGAAACGAAAAUGCCUACGUCAAAAAUGGCAAACUUCAUCUUUCGCUCAUUGAUCCAUCCACGUUGAGUUUGGUGACAAAAGCCGAUGGCCAAAUCGAUAUGACUGUCGAUUUGAUUUCACCGAUCACCAAACGAGCAUCAUUGAAAGUCGAUUCGAAAAAAUACAAUCUUUUCCAUGAAGGAGAAUUGAGCGCAUCGCUGGUCAAUCCACGAUUGUCAUGGCAUCAAUAUACCAAACGUGAUUCCCGGGAAUACAAAACUGAUGUCGAUCUAUCGUUGCGAUCAUCCGACAUUGCUGUCAAGAUUACAAUGCCAGAUUACAACUCAAAGAUUCAUUAUUCACGACAAAAUGACCAAAUCAGUAUGGAUAUUGAUGGCACAUUGAUAGAAGGUCAUGCCAAAGGAACCAUCAAAGAAGGCAAAAUCCAUAUCAAAGGCAGACAAAGUGAUUUCGAAAUCGAAUCCAAUUAUCGAUACGAAGAUGGCAAAAUGCUUAUCGAACCGGUCAAAAGCGAAAAUGGCAAAUUGGAAGGUGUUCUUUCGCGUAAAGUACCAUCGCAUUUGACAUUGGAAACCCCGCGUGUCAAAAUGAACAUGCAAUAUGAUCGUCAUUCGCCAGUCAAAAUGUUCAAACUUGAUUAUGAUGGUAUUCAUUUGGAAAAACAUACCGACUUGCUCUACGAACCCGGUGUUCAAUACAAAAUCAUCGGCAACGGAAAAAUCAAAGACGAUGGCAGCCACUAUUCGAUCGAUAUCCAAGGUAAACCACGCAAAGCAUUCAAAUUGGAUGCCGACAUGAUGAAUUUCAAAUUGAACGUCAACAAACCAGAAGACAGCAACAAAGCUCAGUUCAGCUACACAUUCAACGAUUACACCGAAACUGAAGAAUAUGAAUUCGAUCCACAUCGUGCCUACUACAUCAAUUGGAUAAGCUCUAUUCGCAAAUACAUUCAAAAUUUCAUUGUCGAAGACCACUGAUCACACAUUAAUUAAUUAUAAUAAUGUAAUGAUUCUAUUUUCUAUUCUUUACAUCUAUUAUCACUUGUAAUAAAAUCUUUUCUAAAACAAAA